UGUUGUGUUUCCGGACCUGCGUUUUGGGAGUCAGCUGACAGAUGUGCGCUGCUUUCCGCGCCGCUGCGAGCGUUCCAGCAGCCCGGGGAGAAGACCGAGGGAUUUAGGGAUCCUCCAGCGCUCUCCCGCGACCCCCCGUCUCUCCGAAUAUGAGUGCUGGCACCCCCAAAUCGCUGCCCUCGUCGGGGCAGAAGCCCAUCCAGGAGAUGUGCCAUCCUCUGUCUGCGGAGGAGCCCGUCCUCCCGUCCAGCCCUGAUGGAGGGAGCAACACUAAGGACCUGAGCCUCCCAAAUGGUAACACAGUGGAUACGUCAAGCCCCGCCUCUUCCUCCUCCCUGCUAAAUCGGUUGCAGCUGGACGAUGACCUCGACGGAGAGACGCGUGACCUCUUUGUGACCGUGGACGAUCCAAAGAAACACGUGUCCACCAUGGAGACAUACAUCACUUACAGAGUGUCCACCAAGACCACCAGAACAGAGUUCGACCUGCCAGAAUACUCAGUGAGGCGGCGCUACCAGGACUUUGACUGGCUAAGAAACAAGCUAGAAGACAGCCAGCCAACUCAUCUCAUUCCACCCUUACCCGAGAAGUUUGUGAUGAAGGGGGUGGUGGAUCGCUUUUCAGAGGAGUUUGUUGAGACGAGAAGGAAAGCACUGGAUAAGUUUCUCAAACGGGUCGCGGACCACCCGGUCCUUUCGUUCAAUGACCACUUCAACGCCUUCCUAUCAGCCAAGGACCUGAAUAAGAGGCAAGGCCUGGCUCUGCUGUCCAAGAUGGGCGAAUCAGUGAAAUAUGUAACGGGCGGCUACAAGCUGAGAGCGCGGCCGGUGGAGUUUGCGGCCAUGGGGGACUAUCUGGACGUCUUCACACAGAAGCUGGGCACCAUCGACAGAAUAGCACAGAGAAUCAUCAAAGAGCAGUCAGAGUACCUGGUGGAGCUGAGGGAGUACGGUCCAGUCUACUCCUCAUGGGCCUCCUCUGAGGAGGUGCUGCAGGAGCCGCUGGACGGGGUGGGGGGCUGUGUGGCUAACUGCUGCAGUGCUCUGGAGGAAUUGACAGAGGACAUGAGCGAGGACUUCCUUCCUGUAUUGCGAGAGUACAUCCUCUACAUCGAGUCUAUGAAGAAUGUUUUGAAGAAAAGGGACCAAGUCCAGGCGGAGUAUGAGGCCAAGCUGGAGGCUGUAGCUUUCCGUGAGGACAAGAAAACACCAGUGCCCACAGACGUAGAGAAGUGCCAGGACCGGGUGGAGUGCUUCAACGCAGACCUGAAGGCUGACUGGGACCGCUGGCAGAACAACAAACGACAGGACUUCAGGCAGCUACUGACCGGAAUGGCGGACAAAAACAUCCAGAACUAUGAGAAGUGCCUUGCAGCGUGGGAGUCCCUCAUUCCGCUCUUACAGGACAAACAGGAAGCCAAAGUGGAAACGAACUGAGCGCAUGUGUGUGUGUGUCACCUGCUCUCGGGGUCGGGAACUGAUGGCCCUGCGUGAGUUUGUGGAAGGUGACGGUGCGUCCUAUCGGGCUUCGACCCCCACCAGGAACCCGACUGCCACGUCACGGGGGAGCAGGGGGAUGGGCCGCACAAAUGACUGGAAACUUUCUAGUUUUCUGAUUCGUAAAAGUGUAUUUUUAUUUGUGUAACCCCAUCCGAACCCCUCCUCCUUCCCUCUGGCCCAGUCUGGGAGCAGGAGGAUCUGUAAUUUUGAGAAGCACAGUGCGGAAAACCACGGAGCGACCACGGGACAAUCCUCGGAGCGGCUGCGUGCGGAGAGGGAAAGAGAAGUCGUGCAAGCUAAAUGUACAGUUUUUAAAUGUGAACGGUUGCCAACAAACUUUUCUUUUACAAAAAAUUCUGCUUGCCCUCAGCUCAGCCCCGUUUGAGGGCGCUGCCUCGUUUUUGUUGUUUUUUGUCUUUUUUUUGUGGUAUGCCUUCAAACCAUGGACAGAGAUGGUGAGAUGAUUCCAGGACCAUCAGAUUUCCUCUGACCAAAGACGUAGAGGAAAUAAGCAGCAUUUUUCUGUUUGUUUGUUCGUUUGUUUGUGUGUUUAUUUCAGGAACACUAUGGAAUUGGUACCAUCAAAAGACACUGGAGGUAGCCACCUCACUACGUUUUAUGAUUUGCGGUUUACAUACUGCUCACUGAAUCUGAAUGAAGGUUCUCUUCCCAGCCCUGCCUGACCUCAUUAAAUAUUUAUGUUGAAAUGUUCUCUA